AUGUUAAGUUUAAUCUGUAGCAUCUUGAUAUGACAUAACCCUGAUUGACAGUUAAGUUAGAUUCUGCUUGACAGAAUGUUGUUUUGUAUUGUUCUCAGAUGUUUAAUAGUUUAAUAAACUUAGUUUAAUAAACGUUGUAUUUUUAUUAGUAAAAAUACAGAGAAAUAAAACAUGGUGGCAGCGGAAAAAUAAAAGCCAGCGAGAAAAGAAGCCAAAAAAGUCAAGGAUUGUAAGAAUAUUUCAGGAAGUUGGUAGUCACUGUGGUAAACACGUUGAAAAAAGAAUCAAAAAUGGACGUGAGGCUGCCGGAGCAGAUGAAGUUUACGGGAAAUAUAAGCGAAAAUUUCAAGUUAUUUAAACAAAAUUUUGAAAUUUUCUUACUGGCCAAAGGGAAACAAGAAGUACAAGAUGAAGUAAAAGUAGCUUUGUUGUUAAAUUGUAUGGGUCAAGAGGCGAUAAAUGUCUACAAUACGUUUUCACUUAAUGAAGCUGAAAAGAAACAAUACCAGAAGGUCAUAGACGAGUUUGGGAAAUAUUGUAAUCCGAAAAAAAACGUUAUAUAUGAAAGAUAUAUGUUCUUCUCACGUAAACAAGAAGAGGGUGAAGGGAUCGACAAAUUUGUGACAGAUCUGAAGAAACUAGCGGAAAGCUGCGAGUUCAAUGAGCAAAAAGACUCGCUAAUAAGAGACAGGAUUGUCUUGGGAAUCACAAAUUUGAGACUACAAGAAAGAUUGUUGACUCGUGAAGACUUAAAUUUAGAAAAAGCAAUAAACGAAUGUCGAGUUGCUGAAAUAUCAAAGCUUCAAAUUGAUGAAGUACAGAAAGAUCAAAAGCAAGUAUAUGGAGUUAGAAAAGAAGAGAGAAGAGGAUACGAAAAAGAAAAUAAGCUGAAGAAAAAUGAAGGUAAUAAGUUUGAUUGUAGGAAAUGUCUCUCGAAGCAUGGACCAAAACAGUGCAAGGCAUAUGGGCAGAAGUGUUUUAAGUGUGGCCUAGUCAAUCAUUUUGCAAAGGCAUGUACCAGAAAACCGGUCAAGAAAGAGGUUAAGGAGGUAUCAAAAGAAAAGGGUGAUGACAAUGUAAAUGUUGAUAAAUUUUUUGUAAAUUCUAUUAACACACAAAACUGUAAAGCACUAUAUAAAGAAGUGGACAUUAAAGGUAAAUGUCCUCAAAAGUGUUCGAUAAAGCUUAAAAAGUGUUGUCAACCUGUAGCACAUCCAGCAAGGAGAGUACCAUUAGCAAUUAAGGAGGAGUUAAGAAAAACAUUGAAUGAGCUAGAACAGAAAGGUAUAAUUAGCAAAACAGAUAGUCCAGGAGAUUGGGUAAGCAAUCUUGUUAUAAUCGAGAAAUCUAAUGGCAGUUUACGGCUAUGUUUAAAUCCUCAGGAUUUGAACAAGGCCAUACAAAGAAAUUUUUAUACUAUUCCCACAAUAGAGGAUAUAAGUUCAAAAUUGUGUAAUAAAAGUUGGUUUACUGUAUUAGAUUUCAAGGAUGGUUUUUAUCAAGUUGAAUUAGAUCACAAAUCAAGUGAGUUGUGCACGUUCAGUACAGUGUUUGGUUGCUAUAAAUUUUUGAGACUACCCUUUGGGCUUACUAAUGCUCCUGAGUAUUUUCAAAAAGUAAAUGAGGAAAAUUUUGGGGAUAUAGAAGGUGUUAUAAUAUAUUUUGAUGAUUUGUUGAUAGCAGCAAAUACUGAACAAGAGCAUGACGCUAUACUGAAAAAGGUGAUAGAAAGAGCACAAAUGCUAAAUAUAAAAUUUAAUCAAACAAAGUUACAGUAUAAAGUAAACGAAGUAAAUUACGUUGGACAUGUUUUUUGCAAAGACGGAAUGAAACCGAGUAAAGAUAGAGUAAAGGCAAUUCAGGCUAUAGAAAAUCCGACUAACUUGAAAGAGUUACAGAGAGUUCUCGGAAUGUUAAAUUAUUUGAGAGGAUUUAUUCCUAAUUUUGCAAAAGUAACAAGUCCAAUAAGAGAGUUAUUGCGUAAAGACGUACAUUUUCAGUGGAAUCAAAAACAUACAGAAGUAUUAAAUAAAUUAAAAGACAUACUAGCUAGUGAUCUUGUACUAGGGACAUUUCAAAGUGACAAACCUAUAGUUAUUCAGACAGAUGCGUCAAAAGAUGGAUUGGGUUGUUGCUUAAUGCAGGACAAACCAACAUAUCAUGGUUCAAGGUCACUAACAGCAGCUGAAAAGAAUUAUUCACAGUGUGAAAAAGAAUUGCUUGCUGUGGUAUUUGCUGUAAGUAAAUUUCAUCAUUUUAUUUAUGGCAGAGAUGUCAAAAUUAUAACUGAUAAUAAACCAUUGUUGGGAAUAAUGAAGAAAGACUUAAGCAAAGUACCAUCACCAAGGUUACAAAGACUCAAGUUGAAACUAAUUAGAUAUAAUCUAAAUUUUGAAUAUUGUCCAGGUAAACAUAUGUAUAUUGCUGAUUUGUUGUCAAGGUCAUAUAUUAAAGAUGAAGUACAAGAUGAUCCAGAUAUGAAAGAGAUAGUGCAUAGUAUUGAGAAGCAUUUUAGUAUAUCUGAGGAGAGAAGAGCUCAAUUUGAGAAAGCUAUACAGCAUGAUAGUGACCUAAGUAAGUUAAUAGAGUAUAUAAAAAAUGGAUGGCCUAAAUAUUUUAAGAUGAUACCAAAUUCUUUAAGACCAUACUGGCAAUAUCAAAAUGAUAUAACAUUAUCAAAUAACUUAUUAUUAUUAAAGGACAGAUUGAUAGUUCCAAGAACAUUAAUACAAGACAUGUUAGAUCUUUUACAUGAAACACAUUUUGGAAUGACAAAGACCAAACAAAGAGCCAAAGAAAUGUUAUAUUGGGUAAAUAUGAAUGCUGAGAUAGAAAAGUUAAUAAGAAAUUGUCAAAUUUGUGAGAGAUAUUCACCAAAACUCUGUAAAGAACCAAUGAUACCACAUGAGAUACCUAAUAGACCAUUUAAAAAAGUUGCUAGUGAUAUAUGUGACUAUGGAGGCAAAAGUUAUCUGAUUCUCAUGGAUUAUUAUUCAAAAUGGCUAGAGAUUAAACAAAUGAAAGGAAAAACAUCAUAUGAUGUGAUUAAUGCACUGAAAGAGAUAUUUUCAAUACAUGGUAUACCUGAUGAGUUAAUUUCAGAUAACAUGCCAUACAACUCAUAUGAAUGCAGACAGUUUGCCAAGCAAUGGAAUUUCAAAAUAUGCACAAGUAGUCCUCAUUACCCCAAGUCCAAUGGACUUGCAGAGAAAGGUGUUGGAAUAGCAAAAAUGAUGCUUCGUAAAGAUCAAGAUUUAAUGUUAAGCUUGCUAAAUUAUCGCACUACUCCUAUUGUAGGGCUGAACCUGACUCCUUCACAAUUGCUAAUGGGACGAAACUUAAAAACUAAAAUCCCUAUUGAUGAAAAUAAAUUGUUACCAAAUAGUUAUAAUAAUUCUAAUAUUAAAAAUGAGAUUUGUAGGAAAAGAGAGUUAGAUAAAAAAUACUAUGAUUUAAAUUGUAAAGUUCGGAACAGUUUUAAUGAAGGCCAAUUUGUUGUGAUUCAGAAUCAAAAUAAUAACGAGUGGGAGGCAGGUCAGAUUGUUAAACCUGUUCCUGACUCACCUAGGUCUUAUAUUGUCAAAGACUCAAGAGGCGCUAUUGUACGUAGAAAUAGUUCCCAUUUAAAAAGUUCUGAAAGUGGUUCAGUGAUUGAUCAAAAUACUUGUUGUGACAGUGCGGAUCAAAACUGUGAUAGUUCAUCCGAGAUAGUGUCCGUACAUCAAGAAAAUGAGCGUCCAAAAAGACAAAUUAAAAAUCCGGUUAAAUUUAAAGAUUACCAAUUAUUUUAAGAAGGGAGAUGUUGUAUCUAUGGAUUAUUAUAUGUUAAGUUUAAUCUGUAGCAUCUUGAUAUGACAUAACCCUGAUUGACAGUUAAGUUAGAUUCUGCUUGACA